GAUAGUGAUUUAACGGCUGCUGAUGCUCUCUUAAUCCACACCCACGAAGAACUUCUCGUACGCGAAACAGGGAAUAAUUUCUCGCCCUUGCGUUAUAAACCCACUCACAAUCAACUUUACCCGCCUCUUCUCAUCCCCGCGGCCCGCCCCAUCAUCGACGAGUUUUAUUAUUUCAGUCCCUCCAAAACCCGAUAAUUCAGAAAAAAACCCUAGAUUGGGGGAUCAAAGAUUUAUCUCUGGAUUUCAACUCGUAUUAUUUAUCUCUGUAGUUUCUUUCUUUCAAUCUUCUCCAUUGCUGUUAUCACUCUUAUUUAAUUUUUUUUAUUUCACAUUCUUGGAGUGAGGGAUUUUGUGAGAAAUUAGGGUUUCUGCAUAUAAAGGUGUAUUGUAAUUUUGAAUUAAUGGAGGCUGCGCCCGGUGCUACCGCCACCGGGCGAAAUGGAGGGGUUUCCCUGCCGGCGAUGUCGUUGUCUUCUUCUCAACCUUCUCGUAAGGAGUGGCGAGUCGUCUCUGAGCAAUCAGCUCGAAACUCCGGUAACGAGGAGAUGGAACGUUCAAAACUAGGUCAAUCCGAUGAGAGACUGAUAUACGAGGUACAGCAUAGAGGAGAGCCAUUUGAUGUUGGUUUUUCCUCCAUAACUGUUGAUGGAGGUUUGGACAAUGAAAAUUUGCAGCAGAGACUUCAUACUGUGGCGAAACAAAGGGAGGAGUUGCAGAACAUGGAGAUUGAGCUUCGGGCGGAUGUCAUUGCGAGAUCAGAAAUUGUGGGUUUGCGGAAUACAUUCGAUGCCCGAGUUAAAGAACAUGCAAAUGCUACUGUCAAACUUCAGGAGCAACUGCAUGAAAAGGAACAGAAGAUACAUGAGCUGGAGAGAAGGAUGGACGAAAAGGAAAGAGAAUUGCAUGCUGUUAGAUUGGAUACUGAAGCGGCUUGGGCCAAAGAGGACCUGUUGAGAGAACAAAGCAAAGAGAUCCAGAGCUACAGGAGGGAUAGGGAUAACUCUGAAGCUGAAAGAGCACAACAUAUCCAACAAAUCCUUGAUCUUCAGGAACAUAUGCAAGACAAAGAGCGACAGUUCAUUGAGUUGCAGGAACAGCAAAGAAUUGCUCAAGAAACUAUACUUUUUAAAGAUGAGCAAAUAAGAGAAGCACAAGCUUGGAUAACUCGUGCUCAGGAAAUGGAUGUGAUGCAAUCAACCACUAAUCACACUUUACAAGCUGAACUACGAGAACGGACCGAACAGUAUAAUCAGCUGUGGCUUGGUUGUCAAAGACAGUUUGGGGAAAUGGAAAGGCUUCAUGUGCAUAUACAACAGCUACAGUUUGAAAUAGCCGAUGCAAGAGAAAAAAGUGGAAGUCGUUCAGAGGAGGCACAUCUUGUCCACACAAACACGGAUGAUGCCUCUCGGCUUGCACAAGUUAAUGGCAGCCAGUUGGAGGUGAAUGACAAUAAUUCACCAAGUGCAAUCACUGGAAGCCCACAAAAUGACAAAUCUGAAACUUCUGGAGGGAAUUUGGCACAGGCUGACCAUGAGCAUGGUGUAUCAUUUGCUCCUUCAUCCCUGUUUGGAAUGCCCACUUAUCUGCCAACUGCGUUGCAUCCAUUUGUAAUGCAUCAACAAGGUGUACUACACCCAUCACAUGUCACACAAUCUCAUUUUCACUCCUUACCUGCAAUGUCAUCAGUUCAAAAUUGGCAAAAUCAACAGGCUCUGUCAGAAGGUGAAAACAUGCUCAGACACAACCAAUAUUCUGAGCAAACUGAGGAAAACUUGAUGAGGACAGAUAUCCAUUAUGGCUAUGAAGCAUUAGUAAAUGGCCAAGUUCGUACAAAUUAUAGCGAUGCCAAGGUCAGCCCAACAGAUGCUGAUCCUGUGGUACCAUCAUUAAAUGGAGAGGGGCAGCUGCACUAUUCCAUAGAUGAAAGCAAUGGCAAUGCCACAUCUCUGCAGGAUCUGCUGCAAAUUUCUUCCCAGUUUCAUGAUGCUCUUAGAUUGGAUCCUCUUGAACGUGGCAAUGACACUAAGCUAAAAAAUGACAACCCAGUCAUUGAUCAUAGACUGGAGAACAAAAUCACUAGCAUUGAGAAUUCCAGUUUUGUUACCAACGGGUUCUUAUCUGAAGUUCCGAUCCAGGCUGUAAAUUUCAGCGGAGCCUCUUCAAAUACUGUAUUGAGUGCUGUUUCAGCAAAUACCAUUCUUUCCACUGGCCAGAAAAGUGAUUUGGUUGGAAAUCCUGGGGAAAGUUAUCUAUUGGAUGAAAGAGCAUUGCUGGCUUCUAUAGCUCGAACAAUAGGAUCAGGCAGCAGAAUUAGGAUUAGCUCAACCCUAGCAAAUAGACUUGGAAAAAUGAUUGCCCCUCUACACUGGCAUGACUAUAAAAAGAAGUAUGGGAAGCUUGAUGAUUUUGUGGCCAGUCAUCCUGAUUUAUUUCUGAUCGAGGGCGACUACAUUCAGCUACGGGGAGGUGCACAGCAAAUAAUAGCCGCCACAACAGCUGUUGCUAAAGUGGCUGCUGCUGCUGCAGCAGCACCGCCUUCAUACUCGUCAGUGAUGCCUUCUGUAGCAAUGACUCCCAUGGCACAGUCUAACAGGUUUAAAAAGGUCUCCUCUCUUGAAUCCUCAUACAUGGAUGCUGACAAGGCCAGCUUUAAUCAAGUUGCAGUACCUAGACCUUCAAAUACCGUCGACAUAUUCAGCAAAUCCAACGAUCAUAUGGAAUUGAAUGGGUCCGAAAGUAGGCCUGGCUGGUCCGCACAGCCGACAGUUGGAAACGGGACAAACUCUAACCGAAAUGAUUUUUCUCAAAGCAAGGGUGCUUCUCAUGGGAGGCCUGGCUCUAGUUUAGUUGGAAAACAACAUAGCAGCAGGCCAAUGGGUGCUGCACCAAGUCCAAGAAGAUAGGUAAUUAUCGGAUAAGUAUGCGAAAACUCGCGGCUAAGCAUCAAGUAGCUGGAGAUUGGUGACUGGGGGGAGGCUGUAAAAUCUGAAGUUAAAUUCUCCAGUUUUAUUUAUCUCAUAGAAAAUCUCAAUCAGAAGACUGACAGAUAGGGGCAACAUCACAUUUUGUUAAAUUUAACUAACUGAAUUUUUUAAUUUGUAUUUUAGCAUGGUGCUGAACAAGCAUCUAAUUUGCCCGCCCUUUCUUCUGUUGUUGAUCAACUUGCAGCAUUGGAAUUUUUAAAUUAUGGGGAAACUGGUGAUAAUUUAGGUGAUGAACAUAAUUGUUAACCUUGAAA